GUUCAUGAACUUGCCGUCUCUUCCAAUUGGCUGACGACGAAUGUUUUGAGAGUCCAUUGGAUAGACGUACGCACACCUUUUGUCAACCUUUAAAGACCACAAGAAGAGGAAACAAGGUCCCCCGGGUCCUCAAUGCGUGUGAGCCCAGGGGAAGCAUGCUGACAGCCCACAGAGCAUGCGCCGCUGCCCGGGCCUUGGCCCGAUCGCCCUUCCACACCUGUUGGAUCCACACUUCGGCCCCGCGUCGGGACCAGGUGGAACUUCACCCUCAGUGGACUGCCCUGGCUAAGAAGCAACUGAAGGGGAAGAACCCCGAGGACCUGAUAUGGCACACGCCCGAGGGCAUCGACAUCAAGCCUGUGUACACCAAGGCCGACUCGGACGCCAGUGCAGACGAAUUACCGGGGGUAUUUCCCUACACUCGGGGGCCCUAUCCGACCAUGUAUACCAGCAGACCCUGGACCAUCAGACAGUAUGCAGGAUUUAGCACUGUAGAGGAGAGCAACAAGUUUUACAAGGACAACAUCAAAGCGGGGCAGCAGGGCCUGUCAGUGGCCUUCGAUCUCCCCACGCAUCGUGGCUACGACUCUGAUAACCCUCGGGUGCAUGGCGACGUGGGAAUGGCGGGUGUGGCCAUUGAUACGGUGGAGGACAUGAAGAUGCUCUUUGACGGCAUCCCCUUGGAGAAGAUGUCCGUGUCCAUGACCAUGAAUGGGGCCGUCAUUCCCGUGCUUGCGAUGUUCAUCGUGACGGGCGAGGAACAAGGUGUCCCCAAGGCCAAACUCACCGGAACCAUCCAGAAUGACAUUUUGAAAGAGUUCAUGGUGCGGAAUACCUACAUUUUCCCGCCGGAACCUUCCAUGCACGCCAUCGCUGACAUCUUCUCAUACACCUCCCAACACAUGCCCAAGUUCAACUCCAUCUCCAUUAGUGGCUACCAUCUUCAGGAGGCAGGGGCCGACGCCAUCUUGGAAGUGGCCUACACCAUCGCCAACGGACUGGAGUAUUGUCGCACCGGACUCAAAGCUGGCUUAACCAUCGACGAGUUUGCACCCAGAUUGUCAUUCUUCUGGGGCAUCGGCAUGAACUUCUACAUGGAGAUCGCCAAGCUGCGGGCGGCUCGGAAGCUGUGGUCCACGUUACUCCGGGAAAAGUUCCAGCCGCAAAAUGCCAAGUCCCUUCUCCUACGCACCCACUGCCAAACAUCCGGAUGGUCCCUCACGGAGCAAGACCCGUACAACAAUGUGAUCCGCACGGUCAUCGAGGCCAUGGCGGCCGUGUUCGGAGGCACGCAGUCGCUCCACACCAACUCAUUCGAUGAGGCUCUCGGUCUGCCCACGGUCAAAAGCGCCCGCAUUGCACGCAACACGCAGAUCAUCAUCCAGGAGGAGUCGGGCAUCCCCAAGGUGGCCGACCCGUGGGGGGGCUCGCACAUGAUGGAGUCCCUCACCGACGACCUCUACAACACGGCUUUGAAGUUCAUCCAGGAGAUCGAGGAGAUGGGCGGCAUGGCUCGUGCGGUGGCCGAGGGCAUCCCCAAGCUCCGCAUCGAGGAAUGUGCGGCACGCAGACAGGCCCGCAUCGAUUCACGGUCGGAGGUAAUCGUCGGAGUGAACAAAUACCGCCUGGAGAAGGAGGAGACGGUGGAAGUGCUGGCUAUCGACAACACCCUGGUACGACAGAAACAGAUCGAAAAGUUGAAGAAGGUGCGGGAGAGUCGCGACACGGACAUCGCCCACAAGUGCCUGUCCGCCAUCGAGGAGUGCGCCCGCACCCGGCAGGGAAACCUGCUGGCUUUGGCUGUGGAGGCGGCGCGCGCCAGAUGUUCUGUUGGCGAGAUCACGGACGCCAUGAAGAAAGUGUUUGGCGAGCAUAAGGCCAGCAACCGCAUGGUGAGCGGCGCGUACCGCAGCGAAUACGGCGAGCAUGAAGAGAUCGCCAUGACUCUCAGCAGAGUGGCUGAAUUUCGGAACCAGGAAGGGAGGAACCCUCGCCUCCUGGUGGCCAAGAUGGGUCAAGACGGCCACGACCGAGGCGCCAAGGUGAUCGCCACCGGGUUCGCGGACCUCGGCUUUGACGUGGACAUCGGGCCGCUCUUUCAGACGCCCAUGGAGGUGGCCCAGCAGGCGGUGGACGCCGACGUCCACUGCGUGGGGGUCAGCACGCUGGCCGCCGGCCACAAGACUUUAGUGCCCGAGCUUAUCAAGGAGCUCCAGAAGAUGGGGCGUCCUGACAUCCUGGUCAUCUGCGGGGGUGUCAUCCCGCCACAGGACUACGAAUUCCUGUAUCAGAGUGGCGUGAGCGCCAUCUUCGGGCCAGGCACCAGGAUCCCGCAGGCUGCCGUGGACGUGGUGGACAGCAUCCACAAGAGCCUGGAGAACAUCCGACAGGCCAUUUAGAAAAUAAUUGUAGCCUGCUUGCCAUUUUCAAGAGGAAUGUUAUCCACUAUCAAAUGAUGACAAUAAUAAUAAUGACUAGAAGUAUCAUGUUUUGUUUGCUAUUUGCCUUACCAAACAUCUCGGUUGUCACUCUGUAUCAUUAAUAUUUGUAUACAGUACUGUGUAUAUUUUUGGAAUUAAAUGCGACACAAGCUUGAGCUGAA